AAUGAUCUAACAUAGAAGUAAACAUUUUGAUCCUCCAUACUCCAUAACGAAAACAGUUUUGCGUAAAACAUUGUUUUAACAACGAUUUCCACCCUAUUUCGUUGCACGAGGGCUUAAUUAGUAUUUGAUUGAUACUCGACAGUUUAGAAAAAUCCUGUAAUCAUGGGUCGGAGGUCAAUAAAUACCACGAAAAGUGGAAAAUACAUGAACCCCACCGACCAAGCCAGAAAAGAGGCAAGGAAAAAAGAGCUGAAGAAGAACAAAAAGCAGAGGCAAGCUGUGCGGACGGCCGUGUUGAAAGGGAAGGAUCCGUCGCAGAUCAUUUACGAGCUGGAGAAAAUCGAUAACAUGGAAUUCAACGUUUAUCAGCCAUCGCCUCUGAAUGAAAAAGUUCUCAAGGACAAGAGGAAAAAAUUGAAAGAAACCUUCAACCGAGUCAUGAAAUUAUACAACAAAGAAGAUCCAGACAAGUGGGUUGAGAUGAGGAAAUUGGAGAUGGAGUACGACAAGAGGCGGGCGCUGCUAAUUCAGUUUUAUGAGAGCGUCAAGUAUGCCCAGAACGUGUCCGUGAAUGAAAUCCCACUGCCAAGCAUCAACAUACCGGACAGCAUGACGUCUAGCAUUCCUCUACCAACAGACAUGCCGUCGUCCAUCGUUCAUGGCAUAUUGAAGAAAACUUCAGCUUAUGGGAUAAUUGAUGGACAGUGUCCUGGUGUUCCUCCAGGCCCUCCACCUGACUUGUCUGCUGAGGACGACGAAGGAAUCGAUGCAGAAGAGGCAAUGGAAGCUGUUAUAGAAGAGCGACCUAGGACUAUUAGAUUUGCUGAGGACAAAUCCGAAGAAGAUUUGGUUCCUCCGGCAACAGAGGACGUUGAACUGCCUAAUAGCUCGAAACCACAGCCGACAGCCUUGCAGCAAAAAAUGCUACAAAUGGCUGGGCAGGAUAUUGACGAGUUCAUGAAAGAGAUGGAGGAGGUUCACCGGAAGAGAGAGCAAGACAGACAGGCUGAUUUAAAUACCAGAAUAUCGAGGCUAGAAUCCGAGGACAAACCUGUGGAUGAAGUUCCAAAGUCCAUCCCUGGCAUGAUUGCUCCACCUCCGCCACUGAUGUACAGGCCUAUGAUGAGGCCCAUGAUCCCGCCACCCCCUGGCAUCAGAAUGCCACCUGGUCCUCCACCCACGAGGCCAAACAUACCACCACCGCCUCCGGGAAUGAGAAUGGGCAUGCGAAUGCCUCCUGGUCCUCCUCCAGGCAUGCCACCGAGAAUGCUCGGAAACAUGCCGCGGCCGCCCGGUGUGCCGCCUCCGCUCGGAAUGGUGCCGCCCCCACCAGGUGCCAAUCCCAACGUAUUGUCUGCCGCCCCUCAGCUUAUCACAAGGCAGCAACCUACGGAGUCGACUUCCAAGAAACAGGGCGCCACCAUUGAGGCUAAACCUCAGAUCAGAAAUCUGAGUGCUGACAUCACUCGAUUCAUGCCCAUGUCAGUAAGGGCCAGGAAGGACGAAAAGCCAGGAAAGAAGAGUGACUUACGAGCCGAAGCCAACAGCUAUGCAAGGGCUCAACUGCAGGCAGCUGCCGCAGCCCAUGCACAGGCCAGUGGCCAGAAUAAGGAUGAUGCUUACAUGCAGUUCAUGAAUGAAAUGUCAUCAUUGUUGUAGUUCUUUGUCAUUUGUAUCCAGGAUGUAUGAUUGAAUAAUAAUAAUUUACAAACAUUAUAAAA